AUGGGCCGCGUGAAAAUCGCACCCGAGUCGGUGGAAUGCAAUCUCAGAAAUGAAGAAUCUGAAGCGUUUGGUCUACCACAAGAUAUCUGGAGUCCGCCCCCGAAGGCCAGAAGAUAUGGGCUCUUUUUCUGGUGGCGAAUUCUCGGCCUAAGGCACUUUUUCAUCUCCGGGCUGCUGAUCGGUUUGGCGUUGCUGGGUGGAGUGAUUUUUUACAAUAUCGAGCGGGACUCGGAGAUAGAGAAUGAAGCCAAGAAAGCGGCGGUGCUAGAAAAGGAUAUCCUCUAUCACACCGAAGAGCUGAUGAGGAAAAAUGUGACGUCGCCCGAGGAAUUGGCCGAUCAGCUCAGGCACAUCUACACGGAGCUCCAGAAGACCGAGAAAAUCUUCAAAAAUUCGGCUUUCUACAAAAAUGAGGGUGACGACCAUCUGAUGUGGCAAUAUUGGCCAGCCGUGUUCUAUGCCUCGAACAUUUUCAUGACCACUGGAUAUGGUACCCAACACGUGCUCACCGAUCGCGGGCGCGUCAUCACAAUCCUCUACGGUUUUUUCAUGCUGCCAUUCAUGAUCGUGCUCUGUCGAGAUCUGGGCCAAUGGUGGUUGAUCUUGGUGACUAGGGCAUAUGCAAAGGUUCUUCUUAGAUAUAGAAAAGCAAGAGGCAUCGAGACAAACCCAAAAGAGGAGAUCGCCGUCCCGCUAUCGAUUUUGGUCAUCUUAACUUGGCUGAACCUGAUGUUUUGUGGUGCCUGUAUUUUCGCCUAUGAUGCCCUGUACGACCAAUGGUGGGGCCGAGAUGAGCUUGGCCCUCCGAUGGGAUUCUGGGAUGGUUGUUACUUUACGUAUAUCACGAUUUCCGGGAUGGGCAUGAGUGAUGACGUACCGGUGUAUGCGGCUGUAAGU